AUUGUAUACAUACAUCACUGGUAUUUAUAGAUCUAGACUAGAACUGAAUCUAAAAUUUCUGACAAUCGAAAGCUUUAUGCUUCUUUCAUUUUCAAAUUGAAGAUACUGUCGAUACAAGAAUAGAUCAUGCAUGGACAUGGACAGUAGACAGUUUUUUUAAGAUAUAGAUCUAGCUCAGAUAUUAAAGCUUUUAGAAAUCCUAUGGCUAAGCCUUGAAUUUAAAUCGAAAUAAAAAAAAAAUGAAUUACGACACUAAAAUAGCUGAACUUAAGAAAAAUGUGAUUGGUUAUUUGAAUACAUGUGAAGGCAAACAAUGCUCAUCUCACAACUUUUGGAAUGCUAUUGCAAAGUAUAUGAAAAAGUCAGUCUCACACAAAACAUAUGGCGUUACAAAGAUGCAAGUGCUUCUAGACAAGUUUAAAGAUGUCCUUAUCAUUAAGGAAGAUGUUAUCACUCUAAGAUCAGACAUUUCUAGCAGCUCUGAGCCUCUUGUGAUAUCUGAUUCUGAUGAUUCAGAUGACUCAAAUGGUCUUCUUUCUCAGGCAUCUAAUGCAGCAUUAGCAUCAAAAGAAAAGUCUACAAGUAUAAAGCCAAGCUCACUAUUAAGCAAGCAUGCAGCACUGCGUGAAAGAAUGACAACAGUGCUGAAAUCACAAAAUGGAAUAUGUAAACUUGAUGAAUUUUUUAGCAGUUACAAGUCAGCCUAUGGCUCUGACAGUGAUGCCAGAUCACAGCUUCAGUUUCAUAGUGAUAUUAUUAGUGUACACAAAAAUAUGAUAUUUUUAAAUUCAAGCACAAACAAUAAAACAUCAGUUCCAACAUCUUCUAGUCUACCAAGAUGGGGUCAAGGUGCAACAGCUAAGCCAAGCAGUAGUCAAAGUGUUAAAACAGCAACACAUGUGAUAUAUUCUUCUGACUCGGAUGAUGAUAGUCAGUCUCAUAUUAAAACCAUGACAUUUGAAAAAGGAUCUACCUCAAAUCUUUCAGGGUUCAUCCCAUUGUCCGGAAUGAGCUCCAGUCAGGGGCAAGCAGCUCAUCAAAGAUAUUCAUUACCACCUCAGGGACAACAAAGCAAUGGUUCUGCAACACCUAUGACUUUUCAGACACCCCCCAGCUUGAUGCCAUCAGGUUUAACAUUGGGUCAACCUGGGUUCAACUUACUUGGAGCAAUGGGACAGCUGCCGUCUACACCAUUUGCCUAUGCUUCCCCUGCUCUGAUAGCUCCUCAGUAUGUUAUGGUACCACAAGUAGCUGUACAAGGGAACUCAUCAUCGGAGGACAGAAAGUCGGUCACACUGGGAGAUGUGACUCCUGGUGUAGGUUAUGAAAAGGCCACCAAUCUGUUUCGGUCAGAAUGGCCAACACUUUAUGUGAAGACAGGGCCACCCCCAGGAACAAAGAUAACAGGAGUAAAGGAAAUUAUUGUCAGACCUCUGACUCUACGAAAAGGCACUCGACUGACAGUUCAGGAUGUUGACCAACAGAUUAAAGACUGCAUUGAUGUUCUAAAUGAGGCCAAGGAGCAUGUUUCUAUAGAGAGGGUUGAAGAGCUAGUGUUAAAGAAAUACCAGGUUCGAUAUUUUAGUGACUUGAACCUACAGUACAAAAAUAUUUCCUUCAUGCCAACUGCCAAAGAACAUUCACUCCUACUAGGAAAGGUCAAUGUUUAUGUACAAAAUUUUGUUCGGAGCAGAUCACUGUGUACAUUGUUUGAGUUGCAAGAGUGUUGCAGAGAGUUUCACCCCAACAGAGAAACAUUUGAAAACCUGAAGCUGGGACCUUUACAAAAGAUGCCUGUGGUAUAUGACUUGUUCAAAUUUCCCAUGGAUGAAUAUAUCCCUGAAAUUACUUCCCCUGAUCUUAUGGAACAACUCAACAAUUUCCUUGAUAAGACCAAUAAAUGGACACAGCAGACAAAUAUAGAAGAAUUUAUGACAUAUCUGGUGGAGGCAUAUCAUGUUAGCAAUGGUUACUCUCUAGGCAUCAGAUUGCGAAGCUUGCCUUUGGCUAUUCAAAUGUUAAAGAAAUCUAAAAGAGAUGCUGCAUCUACUCGUAAGUCAGUAAUAGAUUCUCUGAAAGAAGUUCUACAAGCUGAUAUACAAAAAGCCUUUGAAAGCUUCAGAGCCAGUAUCUUGCAGAGUUCUGACAAAAGCAUUGAGCUGCGACGCCAUUACAUGAACCUGACUCCAGAAAAAGCUAUCAGAGAAAUAUUCACCAAGUUUGAAUUGCUGGCCCAUGUCUUCAACUCUAACCCCUCUUUGUUUAAGAAGGUGGAGAAACUUCUGAAACAUUACAACCAGUUUGUUAAAAGUAUCUUGGAGGUCCAACUCCCAAGGCAGCUGUUUCACCUUUCUGUCUGCAUGUCUGACCUUGAGCUGGAAGAAUGUGCCACAGAGUUCCUGGAAGCUGAGGCUAAGCAACAGCAGUUAAAGGAAGAGACUUUACAGUCACAGCAACAGCAGACACCAAAAAAAGUGCCUCCUACUAAAGUGAGUCUGACAGAAAAAGUUCUUCAGUAUAUUAACAAAUGCCUUGAACAAGGGACAUUGAAGUUGUCUCACCUUGAAAGGAUUGAAACCAAAGUAUCUAAUGAAGAUUAUGAAUUUGAGUCUUUCCGAGACAUGGGCUAUGGAACUUUUCUGGAAUUUAUACAUUCUGACCAGAAAAUAAAAAAGGUUUUAGAAGAGUGUGGUGGAGCUCUUCUAGGUUCAAGUACUGAACAAGACUCUGUGUUUAAACCCAGUCUUUUGGAGUUGUCUGAAUUUGUGUGUCAGGCCAAAUUGGCUGGUGUAGUGCAGAAUUCAUCUGCUGAAAGCUCUGUGUGUGAGCAGUAUCAUGUGAGUGAUAUCAGACAUCUAGGUCAUGGUAACAUCAGCAGACUCUGCAGUACAGCUGACAAACCUGGCAAGCAUGUCUCCUCAGAAUACAACACAUACUUUGAGGCAGCACUCUGUGGGAAAGUUUGCCCUACAACACAGAGUAAAGGUCAAGUAGGUCUGUGUGGCUCUAUUUCGAAAGAGGCUGCAAUGGCUUGUCUGACUAUUUGUCCACUACUGGAAGACUUAGAGACAUGGAGUAAUUGGUCCAUGGUAUUUCAGCCUCAGCAUGGCAGACUCAAAGAGUUUAUCAAGAAACAUGGUGGCUUAAAAAGAAUAGACUUGGAAGGUGGUACUAAGAUUGCCCUUUCUGACUUCAAAGCUUUGGAAGUGGAGCCUGGAAAAUUCCUCAAGGUGAAUGCUUGUGCAUCAGUUGAACGCUUUGUUCAAGCAUUAGAGAAAGACGAUCCCCUGGAAGCAGCUGGUCAGUUGGUUUCUCUGAUAGUGGCAAACAAAGGCAUUGAGAAUACCCCUCUUGCACUGGUCACCAACCACCUGAAAACCAAGUUGAUCUCACUGCAUGCUCUCAGUACUGCUGCAAUCACUCCAGGUGGACCACCUGUGUCUGGUACUGUAGACCGAGCUGUUCAGUUCAUUACAUCCAUGUUGUUGAAACUUCCCAUCAGAAUUUGUGUGGCCAUUGCUAAUCAGGUGCUGCUGGAACCAUUAAGUCAAGUGGUUGGCUCUGCUAAAUCCAAACAACAGAUCAUACAGGUGUGUCUACUCACACGCCAGGAACAACACCUUGAACGGCUUGGUUGUCUACUGGGUAUACAGGAGUGGGCAUCCACCAUACAGAGAAGAUUUGUCUUUCCAGCACACUGCAUCGAAGAAACUGUUCAGGAUGAACUGCUGGGAUCACCCAUUGCUGUAGAUGAUGAUGACGAUUCGUCUGAGGAGGAGGAGUCAGAGGAGGAGGAGUCAAGCUCUGAUAUUGAUGAGAUGUUGGAGGAAGCUGAACAAGAAGCCGCCAAUCAGGUUCAAGAACAUGACAACUCAGAGGAGUCAAGUGUCCAGUCAGAACAAGGGGUUGUAGCAGUAGCAGCUGAAGUUUCUAAUGAUGACUCAGAGGUGGACAUAAAAGAUCAACUAAUAAAUAGUAACACGGAUGAAAUUACUAAUGUUACAAGUGAAGAGAGCAAUUCAGAUGUUGAAAUGCAAGAAUGCAAGGAGACUAAAGAGGAACCAUUGAAUAAGCUUGAACAAGCAGAGGAGCCCAUACAGGAAAGAGAAUUAACUCAUGAAGAUAGAUGCCGCUUGGUUGUUGAUGAUAUUCGCAGAGAAGAGUUUGGGGUUGGUAUUAAACUUGAUGAAACUGGACAGAAGCUUAUGCAGAAACAACAAGAACGUCAAGGGAGAAGUCUUCAGAGGUUGUCCAAAGACUUGUACAGUAAAGAAACACAUUUUGUUCUGGAGCUCAUACAGAAUGCUGAUGAUAACAGUUACAAUGAUGAUGUGUUUCCUUCUAUAAAAUUUGUCAUUGAUCACACAGGUGUUAAGGUACUCAACAAUGAACUUGGUUUUGAAGAGAAAAAUAUACGAGCUAUCUGUGAUGUGGGCAAAAGUACAAAAUCUAAACACAAUUUGGGAUACAUUGGUCAAAAGGGGAUUGGCUUCAAAUCAGUUUUUCGUAUGACUGGUUGUCCUGAAGUGCAUUCCAAUGGUUUCCAUAUUUAUUUUGAUGUAAACAGUGGGCCUAUGGGAUACAUCUUACCACAUUGGAAAGAAAACUUUGAAUUGGAUGAAAACUGGCAAACUCAGAUUAUUUUACCCUGGACAGAAGACAUCAGACAACAAGUUCACACUCACGCUGCACGUUUCAAUGACAUUCAGCCAUCACUUUUGUUGUUUCUACACAGGCUGAAAGAAAUCACCAUAGAGAAUAAGGUUGAAGGCUCCAGGAUAUUCAUGUCUAGACAAGAUUUUGAAAAUGGAGAGAUUCAGAUAACACACAGCCAUGGUACAGACAAGUGGCUGGUACUGCGCAAGAUUCUUGAUGCUACAAACAUCUCCUUACAGGCCAAGUCUGGUGUUGAAGUGGAGUCUACAGAAAUAGCCUUGGCUUUUCCUUUGAAGAGUAAAAAACUUAUGAAUACUCAGAUGAAACUAGAAAAGCUUCCAGUGUUUGCUUUCUUACCUCUGAGGUCCUACGGAUUCCGAUUUAUUGUUCAAGGAGACUUUGAUGUACCAUCUAGCAGAGAAGAUGUGGACAGAGACAGUUUCUGGAACCAAUGGCUGAGAAAUGAAAUCCAUGUUCUGUUCAUUGAGGCUCUUCAGGCUUUUAAGACCAGAGAGGAUCUGACACCAGUGGAAGCUCUAAUUCAGUAUUUGCAGUUCAUUCCACUUGAAGGAGAGGUCAUGGCUUUUUUUAAACCAGUAGCAUCACAGAUUUUAGAUCAACUGAGAGCUAAAGAAUGCAUGCCAGUUUUAACAGCUGACAAAAAAACUGUUGAGUGGAAGAUGCCAUCAAAGACUGUGAUAUGUCAUGACACUCUGGUACUUGACAUUGUCAGUCCACAAGUCUUGCAUCAAUACUUAGACCUGAACUACCUUCACCCAGAUAUUGCAGCUUUCCUUAAGUUAAAUGAACCACUGACCAAAGCUCUGGGUAUAGAGUCUGUGACCACUGAACAUCUUCUACACAUUGGUAGUUCUCUAGCACAGUAUUGGGAUGGUGCAGAUCAUGUGACUGAAAUUGCCAAAUGGUUGGCCUGUGUGUAUCGCAGUUUGGAUGACUUCCAAGAAAACACAGAGACAUUACAAGAACUCCAGAAAAUGAGAAUUAUUCCGCUCUCCAAUGGCAGCUUAGUGUCAUUGUCAGAUAUGACAGUCUUUAUGCUGUUAGAUACACAAGGGACACAACCACAACAAUCAGUCAAGAGUAAAAAAACAGAAAACAACAAAGGUGAUCCUUUACUGAACUUAAAGAAAGAUUUGAACCUUGUACAUGGUGACCUGAUCAGCACUGGGGAUAAUGAGGUCAACUCACAGGUGGUCAAGCUGUUGUUGAAACUGGGAAUCAAGCAGCUGACUGCUCAUGACUUGAUUCACAGCCACAUUCUGCCAGUCUUUAAAUCUGAUGCCUGGAAGGACAAAAGGAAAGAUGUUCUAGUCAGCUAUUUAGUCUACAUUAAGACUGAACUAGAGAAAAACUCAUCUGUUGUAGACAGAAGUGAGCUGUCUGUGGUCAAGCUGGUCACCAACCAUGGGAUCAAGUCACCAGCUGAUGAUGUCCACUUUCCUACACUGUACGGAAAUAGCAUUGACUUAAUAAAAACUUUUCCAGUGCUGGAUUGGAUAUUGGUGGACACUAGUUAUCUUCCAAGUAAUCCAACUCAACCAGACAGACAGUCAUGGCACAAGUUUCUUAGUGAAUUGGGAGUAACUGACUUUUUGAAAGUCAGUAAAGUUGAAAAGUCAUUUGACAAGAGUAAUAUACAUGAAACUGCCUGGUCUGCAAUGAAAGAAAUAUGGCCAGAUUCUGCUGAUGGCUACAGCAUUACAGAUCUCCAGUGUGAAGAGUUCCACAAGCUUGUAACAGCCAAUGUAAAACCUGAUGAAUUGAUUCCACAGAUGGCCAAACUUUAUGAGUACAUAGAUAUCCACUGGAAUUUAAAGUACAAACUUUGUUUGGACACGCAGCUUAAAUCAGGCUCAGGACAAGUUCUUAAAGAUAUUAUUCCGAGCUCAUUUGCUGUUCAUCUGCAAACCCUGUCCUGGAUUCCAUCAGUCAGUUCUUCCCUACAGUACAAUGAAGACAAUCACACAGUGGAUUUAAAAGUCAAAGAGAGCCUUGACCUUCCUGCAGAACUUUACUUACAAGAUCAAGCCAUUCAGCGUCUGCUCCAUCAUACAGUCAAGUAUCUCAAUGUGGCACCUCAGAAGAAUAGUUCUUUCAUUGUCUUUCUCAAAAUUAAAGUCAAUAUUUCUCCAGAAACACUCAAACAAGCUCUAAUAAAAUGGGGUGAAAGGCCAGAAGAUUCACCUGACAAACCAGCAGUGUUUUGUACUGCCAUAUGGCAUAUGUCAGAAUUGUAUACAUAUUUGAGUGAAGAGAUGAGGCCCAAAGAAUGUCAGGAUUUAUUUCAUGACAAGCCUGUGAUAUUUGUUCCAAUACCCAACCAAAAUGUUCAAGGUGCUAGUAACAAAGCUGGCUGGAUGAUGCGUCGAGAGGAAGUCUGGUGGUCUGACCCAACAGAACUCUUCAUGAAGUACAUGAAGUCAUUGGAAACAUAUAGUUCUCCACUUAGCAAGUUUAAAAUAUUGCAAGAGUUUUAUCGUCACCUGGAGGAUUUUUUUUAUAGCUUUGUGAGAGUAGAAAAAGGUCCAAACACAUUACAUUAUGCUCAACUUUUGAAGCACAUUGCAUCAGUCUGUGGUCUCUCAGAAGAUGGAGUCUUAUUUGAUUCUUUGUUUUUAAUCUCCAAAAUUGGACAAGACUUGAGUAAAAUUUCUACCAAAGUAGGAGAAGUGAAAACCAUUGAGGCUAUGAAAGCAGAAAUUAAUUUGCCCAAGGUCAAAGAGCUCUUGUCUAAAGCUGCAGUGUUUCCAACAAAGUCAGGUCAGUGGGUCAGUCUCUCAGAUUCUCCUAUGAUAGCAGACUCUAAAGAAUUUGAAGAAAUGUUUGGCAAUCAUCCAGGAGUACAUCUUCUGCACCUGGAUGCUAAAGGAAAGACAACUCUGUUGCGAUCACAUAGUUCUGCAUCAGCAGGUUUCAUUGAUCCAAAAGGGGUAGAGUUUUUUAUCAGUUUAUAUGAGGAGAUAAAACCUUUAAGUAAAUGCAUCAAAACUGAAGAGGUCACAUGUGGUUUCAAGCCAUGCAACAAAGGUCAGACCUACCUUCAUAACAUUGUGGGCCUGGUGCAGAGAUUCAUGUACUUCAGGUUUCGGGAGGUAUACAAGCAGUUUAAAGCCAAGAAAGCUUCAACACUGAAAGAUCUUAACUUCAUUCAGGUCAAUCAACUUGAGGUUAAAUAUGAGCUGAUUGGCAAGCCAGACAUUUUUGUUAUUCGAGAGGAGAAAUGUGUUGUAACUGAGAAAUGCUUCUAUUUCCACGAGAAGUACAUUGACAGCCAUGUGGAGAUCAACAAGGAAUUGGCCAAAUAUUUCUCUGAUGGCGAUGAAGAUUGUUUCAGAGAAUUAAGAAAUUUUUUGCCUCAAGUGAUUUCAAUCUUAGAAAAAAAGGUUGAGGAAACUUUUGAGGAGCUUUUAGAACGUCAGGGGACAGGGAAAUGUACUUUGCCUUCUGAGGAAGAGGUUUGGGAAAUUCCACUUCCUGUAAUUCCAUUGGCACCUGAACCAGAACCUACAUUUAUGGUUUAUGAGCGUCAAGCACAGUUCUCUUCAGAAGGUAGUGAACUACAAAGAGAUGAAAAUGAGAAUCAGGGUUUGAAGUCCUGGCCACCAAGAAGUGCUGUUGACAAAGAAAGUAUGAGUCGAAUCAAAAAAGAUCCAAACAAAGCUCCAGGAAUAUGGCCACCUCCUCAAGCAGCCUCUGGAAACACAAAUAUUUAUAAACUACCAAGCAGUAUUAAAUUUGAUAAUACACCUGAAGAUGAAUCUUCAGUAGGUGAAGAACAAACUAAGAUGGACGAAGAUGUUCCUGAUGAAGUCAGAACAACUCAAAAACAUUCCAUUCAUAGACCUGAAGGCGAGUCAGGACGUACAUUUAACAGGCAGGUCUCGUCAGAUAGUGAAAGCAACAGAGCCUUUAAAUCAGAUCAUGCGCACCAGAAUGACCAGCCCAGACAGGGUCACCAAGGGGAUGGCAGUUCUGUGCACAAGGGCACUGGUCACUCUCAGGGGCAGCACAAGGGCAAAGGUCAAUCUCAAGGCCAACACCAGGAUUCUCUUCCAGGGUCCAAGAAAGACUCUGAGCUCUCUGGUGGUGAUGUGACCCAACAGCAGUCUCAGUCAGGUGACAUUUCACCUUCUGGUAAUGAUAGGCAGAAGGAAACUGGCAUAUCAGGUGAAAAACGUAAGAGAAAGCUGACGGAAGGUUCCAAAGAGGAUGAUGGUGUAGCUUUCAAAAGAAUGAACUCACAAGAAGAGCCUACUCCAAAUGAAACAGCAAAACAGGAGGAUCAAGACAUGGUUGCAUCUGGUGAUUUCAUCCCUUUCCAAAACACUAGCAGAGAGGCAACUCCCUCCUCAUCUAGUACCAGUCUAGAGGGAAGAAAAUCUGGCAGAGACAAAGGAAUGUUGCAUUUUACUAUACCAAACUGGAAUGUCAGCAAUGAAGACCUUGUCUACACAGAGCUUGCCCAUGGAAACACAUUAAGCUUGCCUCAGUUUCAACUGGAUCCACAGGAUCAAGACAAAAGCAUUGGCCUUUGGGGAGAACACCUUGUCUUUGACUACCUGCGGAGACAAAAAGAAGAGAAUGCCAGUAUAGAGUCUGUGAUCUGGGCUAAUGCUGAUGGUGAAAAGGGGCUACCAUUUGAUUUUGAGAUUGUAUUGAAGACAUCUGAUGCUGACAAAACCUCAAGCAUUUUUGUCGAGGUCAAGACUACACUCAGUUGGGACAAAGAAGUGUUUCACAUUUCCUCCAAACAAAUGGAGUUUGCUUUAGUGCAGAAAGAUCAGUACGAAAUCUACAGGGUGUUUGGAGCUGGAAGUUCCAAUGCUAAACUUGUGCGCAUUCAAAAUGUGUCUGAGAGAAUGAGAGUGAAACAAAUCCAGCUGUUUAUGGUGAUAUAAAUCUAGGGCCCCAAUAUCAAGACCAUGGGAGUUUUCAAACCCAAUAUCAAGAUCAUGUGAAUUAAUUUGACUUCUACAAAUUGAUGAUGAAUGUCAAUGGUAUGUACUUAUCUCUCUGCUCCCUGAAAAGUUUCCAUAUUUUCUUACAACAAACUUGUAUAUCUUGGCACAUUCAGUGUUGCUGAUAAAAGAUGCAAGGAUUGUUGAAAAAUGUGUUGGUUGUUUAGCAGCUAUUUUGUUUUCUUUUAUUUUAUAUAAUUGUGUACAGUUAAUUUUAUCUUUUUUUUUACUUGUAUAGUUUUUACUUUUUAUCUUAAAGGGCACAGUUUAUUUUAUCAACAGUUGUACAUCAAUUAAAAAUUUACUAACAUUUUUGUUAUCUACCGGUAUUUAAAAGAAAGUAAAAUAAACACUUUUAAAGCUUUUUACUUAAAGUUUCUUAUCAAAUUAUUUUAUAAUUGAAAUGAUCUGUUUGUCUUUAAAAACUAUUGCAUUAUUUUAUAGAUUGUGACAAUGAAGAUGCCUUUUUUUUUCAAUCAUAAUUUUUUUUUUUCGAUGUUAACUUCUUGCUUGUUGGCAGUAUUUUGUCAUGUAAAAAAGUUAAUUUUUUUUUUCAUAUAUAUGUUCAUGUUGUAAAGGUCUGAAUAAAACCCAGUGACUAUUUCAAAAGGAUGUAGCCUAGUGUUUUGUAAUAUACCCUUCCUUUUCUCUGCAGUUGAAACAAUCAUAUUAAGUCACCUCAGUUUUAUAAUUUAAAAACAAAUUAUUUGAUCUCAUUGUAUCUUUUAUAUGAAAUCACAUCUUACAGUGUAACCAGAAUGAUGUAAUAUGUAAUAAAACUGAGCAAACUUGA